AUGCCAGUUACAGAUCCUUCCAGCUAUGAGCCCGAGAAAGAAUCCCGAAAUUCAGCAUCCAUCCAAGAUGAGAAGAAGGCUGAUGAGAAAUUUGCUUUGGGGCGAAAAGGUGCUCUGGUUUUCUUCACCUUGUCUGUCCUCACGUUGAUGGCCGCUCUUGAUGGGACAUCGAUAUCGGUUGCGCUUCCAACCAUUGCCACUGACCUAAAUGGAACUGCCAUCGAGGCAUUCUGGAGUGUAUUCCAACCGAGCUUCGCCUCCCUCUCCAACAUCUUCGGACGCCGACCUAUGGUUCUAGUGGCAAUCCUCUUCUUUUGUAUCGGUGCUAUUGUGUGUGCCAUUGCAGAUAAUUUUACGUACAUGCUGGUAGGCCGAUCUGUGCAGGGUGUUGGUGGUGGAGGAAUUAUUGCCUUGAGUGAAAUAGUCAUGACAGAUUUGGUUCCGCUACGGUAUCGUGGGCAAUAUUUCGGCAUCAUGAGUGCAAUGUGGAGCAUUGGAUCAGUCUCCGGACCCAUCCUUGGUGGAGGAUUUGCAGAGAAUGUGUCCUGGAGAUGGAUUUUCUACAUCAACUUCCCAUUCAUUGCAGUCGGGGUUGUCUUUGUCCUUCUGUUCCUGAACCUCAAUAUUAUCCCUAGCUCGCUUACCGAGAAGCUGCGCCGCAUCGACUACGCCGGAACCGUUCUUUUCGUGGGUAGCUUGUCAUCUUUCCUGAUCCCUCUAACCUGGGGUGGCAUUUCGUAUGCCUGGGACUCAUGGCGUACGCUGGUGCCACUGAGCGUGGGCAUAGCCGGGCUCCUUCUCUUUGCAUUCUACGAAUACCGCUUCGCUUCCGAUCCGAUCAUCCCGCCUGUGAUAUUCCAAAACCGCACAGCCACAGCCUCAUUCAUUGGCAGCGUAUUACAAGGGCUCAUCCUCUGGUGCGCGCUGUACUACAUGCCUCUAUACUAUGAGGCCGUGAAGGAGUACAGUCCCAUUCUGUCGGGCGUGGCUCUCUUCCCCGAAACAUUUACUGUCGCUCCUAGCGGGUUGGUGAUUGGUAUCUUGAUCACGGUCACAGGCCAUUACCGGUGGGCCAUCUGGCUCGGAUGGGUUGUGUCUACCGCCGGUUUGGGGUUGCUGGUUCUUAUCAAGACAACCACCAGCGUUCCAGGCUGGAUCUUAUUGAACAUUGUACCCGGGCUGGGACUGGGAAUCCUGUUCCCAUCCCUGGGCUAUGCCGUGCAGGCAUCAUCAACUCCAGAGAACUUGUCUAUUGCCGUCGCCAUGUUCAGUUUCUUCCGCGCCUUGGGCCAGGCUAUCGGCGUCGCUGUUGGCGGUGUCGUCUUCCAGAACCGCAUGCGGAGUAAUCUCAUGAAGUACACAACACUGGAAUCCAUGGCUGAUGCCUAUAGCAAAGAUGCUGCGGGACUAGUUCAAGUCAUCAAGGCCAUGGCGGACGGUGCGACAAAGACGAAUCUGAAGGAGGCGUACACGGACAGCCUGCGCACUGUGUGGAUUGUCUGUUGUGGUAUCUCUGGCGUGGCCUUGUUGUUUAGCUUGAUGACGGAGCAGUACGACCUCGAUCGUGCUUUAGAAACCACCCAGGGACUUCGGCAGGACAACGUUCCCACAGGGAAGGAUGUGGAGAAGGAUGCGGAGGCCAGGGUAAAAACCGUCUUCAAGGAGACAACUCCUUGGGCUUAUUGA